AUGUCAAAUCUGAAGCACAAACGACGUAAACAUUCUCACGAGGAAACAUUAUCAACGACAUUGUUACACCUAUCUGACAAUACAGAUCGUGAAUCCAAUGACAGUGAAAAUGAACUACCCGUUAUUGAUGAAUCUCGUGGUCAUACAAAUCAAUUAUCAACAACUGCAACACCUACAUUUGCUGGUCAUUGUGUUGUAGAAAACAAUAAGAAGUCUAAAAAGAAACCAGCCGAAUCAUCAUCUUCAGGUGUGCAGCAACUAUUGGCUUUCAUGACUAAACUUGAGUCUCAAUAUUUGAGACCUCUUCUUGCUGGACAAGCACGGAUCGAAGCAAUAACAAAAUGCUUGUUUGAUAAUCAAAAAAAGAUUCAAAACGUCUUAAGGAAACAAAAGAUGAACAUUGCAUUACUUGAAAUGGAUGACAAAGAUGAAUCGACCAACAAUCAAACUUUUCUAUCUUCUCUGGAAUACAAAUUACCUGAUGGUAUUGUUAUUGAUUUACUUCAAAAAAAUGGCAUUAAAGAACAUGCUAAUCGUUAUGUAACAUCUCUCAUGCAUGUACUUUUUAAGCCCGAAGAAUUAUUGGCUAUGGAAACAAAAGAUAUACCAAAAGAUGAACGAUAUAUUAUGCUGAAAGGUUUGUAAAUACUUAUUUGUCAAUUUUUAUGUUGACUACCAAUGUUUUUCAGAAGCAGUUCGAAAUAAAUUUCGACUAACGAAGGAAGAACUUGAAACUAUGUGGGCUUGGCUUCAUACUGUCAUGUUGGCUAAACGUUGAACAAUUGCUGGAAAGAGAAAAAGAAGUGAAUCAAUUAAUCAAAAAAUCAAUAAUUAACUUAUUAUAUAUAUAUAUAUCAUUUGUAAAUUUCUUCAAUUGUAUAUGUAGAACAAGUGAGCUUUAAUUAGCAUUUAUUUUUACUCGAAUAUUUGAGUUAAUGUUUAUUUCUUUUCUUUCUAAAUGUUCUAACGAAUAUUUACCAUAACGAACUUUUUUCUUUUAUCUAUCUACAUUUUUUUAUUUGAACGUGUAUAUAACUCGUGUAGUUUUUUGUAUUAAUUGUUUCAUAGAAAACGAUUUUCUCGAAAACUUGGUGUAUCGUGUAUUUAUUAUGAAACAUGUAAUAAAUAAAAAAAGAACAAAUGAUACCGAUCUAGUUCGCUAUUUUGGUCCAAUACCAUGCUAUCUCUUUUCUAAGAACUGCGACGCAGUUACGGCGUAACUGCGUCGCAUUUCGAUCGUAGUGGAAAACAUGGGUUAUACUGUGAUGUAUUGCAACACGAAUUGAAACAAUCCAUUGGAAAAAUUCCAAAGAAAAAUAAAAUAAUCUUUCAGCAGCACUUGGCUACCUGGCACAUCUCCAAAAUUGUUAAAGAAAAUAUUCGUCGAAUGAAGCUGAAUAUAGUUAACUGGGCUCCAAAGAGCUCAGAUUUAAAUCCAAUUGAAAUGCUUUGGUCGAUUAUCGAUAAAAAACUAGCUGCAAAACCAAUUUAUUCAAAGACGGCUUUAAAAGAACGUUUACAAGAAGAAUGGAACAAUAUCGAUCGAGAUUUAUGCAUCAAAUUGGUCGAAUCGAUGCCGGAAUGUCUUCAAAACUGUCUAGCAGCAAAAGGUGGACACCUUUUAUGAAACUAAAAUGUUUCUUUUUGUAGACAAAAAUUGUACUUUUUCAAGAUUUUUUGAAAUAAACAAAUAUUUGAAAAAAUGCCUUAAACUUUUGAUCACAUGGAAAAAAGAAUUUUUUUUCCAAAUAAAUGAAAAUACUUUUCUUCAAAGUUCUAAGCAUAUUAUUCCUAUGGCCUAUUGUGAAAGUUAUCAAGAUAGUUAUAUAGAUGUCGCUAUCAAAUACCUUUUGAUGUAGUAAAUAGAAAAACAAAAAGUGCAUUAAACUUUUGAUUCCCACUUUAUGUUGAAAAUACGAUUGUUUGCAA